AUGGCCGACCCGACCAAGAGCCCACCGCUGGUGCGCGACUCUGUCAUUGCCGCUCACGCCCUCAUCAAAGAGCAAAUCCAUUACACACCAGUCCUCACGAACACUACCCUCAACGACCUAGCCUCCACGCCGCAAUUCUUAUCCUCACUCGCCGAUACACCAUGGGCCGGUCAGCAUCCUUCGAACCCGAAACUGCGGCUCUACUUCAAAUGCGAGAACCUGCAGAAAGUGGGGGCGUUCAAAGUCCGCGGUGCAUUCCAUGCACUGAAACGAUUGAUAGCGGAGGAGGGGUGGGAAGAAGGCGGGGGGAGGGAGAAAGGCGUCGUGACGCAUAGCUCUGGUAACCACGCACAGGCCCUCGCCUUCGCAGCACGCACGAUAGGUAUGCCAGCCCACAUUGUCAUGCCUACAAUCUCCACGCCCUCCAAGAUCGCAGGCACACGUGGCUAUGGCGCCAAUGUCAUCUUUAGCGGCAGCACCUCUACUGAGCGCGAGGCCGUCGUCGCAGACGUGGUGAAACAGACCGGCGCUCGUCUCGUUCCUCCGUACGAUCACCCGGAUAUCAUAUUAGGGCAAGGCACUCUCGCCAUAGAAUUGCAAGAACAGGCUGUGGAGAUCAUCAACGAGAAUGACGGGAAGGGGAGGAAAGGAUUGGAUGCAGUCAUUGCGCCGUGUGGAGGUGGCGGCAUGCUGAGUGGCACGGCGAUAAGCUGCGAGGGGACUGGGAUCAAUGUUUUUGGUGCUGAGCCGGAGUUCGAGGGCGGGGAUGAUUGUAAGAGGGGUUUGGAGGCGGGGAGAAGGGUUGAGACUGUCAAGACGCUUACGAUUGCUGAUGGGUUGCGGACGCCGGUUGGCGCGUACCCCUGGACGGUCAUCCACGAUAGAAAGCUCGUACGGCAGAUGUUCAGCGUGACGGAAGAGCAGAUCCUCAAAGCCAUGAGGCUGGUGCUGGAGAGGAUGAAGGUCGUAGUUGAGCCUUCCGCCGUCGUCGGGUUAGCAACCGCGCUGUACAAUGAGGACUUUCGGCGGAUCGUGGAGAAAGAGGGUGGUGCUGACGGAUGGGAUCUGGGUAUUGUGUUGAGUGGGGGCAACACGUCCGUGGAGGCUAUUGGCAAGAUGUUCGCUGUGAGCGAGGUGGAGGCGCAGAGGCAGGAGGGUGUUGUGGGCUUGCACGGUACGAAGGAGGUUGAGAAUGUCGCUGGGAAAGAGGAGCACUUGUUUCCUUGUGACGAUCAGUGGCCUCCUGGACCUUGGUGGAAUUCCCAGUCGACCAGUCGGGAAAAGGGAUUGCUCUGUCGCACUGUCGCACUCGUUCUCGAAUCAGAUUUGGGACAAGAAUAG